AUUUUACGCAUUGGCGCCCUUUACGCAUUUUUCUCUCCCCUAUAGCUUCCUUAAAGUCAGGCACAAUUGAGAUAGAGAAAGAGUGCGUGUCUUAUAGUUAGGUUUCCUUUCUAUUCUUUCGUUAUUUUUUUCUUGACAGGUUCUGAGGAGGCUUGCCUGCUUCACCGUUGGAAGUUUGGAACGACAACCAAAGUGUUUGGCACAGAGGUGUUGGAUUUUGGAAUCUAUAAAUUUGAACUUAACAAGUCGAUUCGUGGAAAGUGAUGGAGGUAUAUGGCAAAUCUAUGGUGGUUGGACCCACAAAAGUUAUUUUUCUGUCAACCAUGCUAGGCCGAGACGGGCCAGUAUCAGUCCACAAAUGUGACUGGAAAUGUGAAAAUGAACAUGUUUUUGGAAAUAUGUACCGGUGCAAACUAACAGGACUGACUCACAUAUGUGACAAAAACUGUAACCAGAGAAUUUUGUACGAUAAUCAUAGCUCCCUUUGCAGAGCAAGUGGGCAAAUUUUCCCCCUUACACCCAUGGAGCAACAGGCAGUUAGAGGCGUCCGGAGGAAGCCUGAGGAAGAGAGUUCCCCCACUGAUAGCUGUGCUUUUAAGCGUAGACGGGAUGCACGGUUCCAUCCUUCUCCUUUUGAGAAGUCCUUCUCUGCUGUCAGGCCAAUCUGCAGCCAAGUUGGAGAUGGCAUGGAUUUGAGCUAGAUUUAUAAUAUAACUGACAAGACUUCUAUCAUUUUGCUUAAUCAUUUUCCUUCAAAUUGUUUCUUCUCUUUUCAUGAGACAGUUACGGACAAUAGAAUCUAAUUUGCGUAGCUCAAUGAUGGAUCAGAUGUGUCCUACGGAACUUUAUAUAUAUCUAGUCUGAUUUAAUGCAAUUUAGCUCUUUCAGUACUUUCACUAUUGAAUAGGGAUGUCAAACAGCCUCUGUUCACUUGUUUAACUUAAAAUGAAUUUUGUUUCUUUUUCUGCUGGUUGGAGAUUUGAACUAUAAUGGCUAGAGGCAGCUUUCAAGUCUUUUUUGAGACUUGAAUCAUGGUUUUGCUUCGAAAUUGCUGUGAUGAUUCUUGUGGUGUACUUAUAUUUGACUUUUUUCCUACCUUUCUAUGAUUACUUUUUAGUGGUUCUUCUUCUUUUAGUAAAUUGUAUUGUAGAAACUUAAUUUGUAUUCAGAUGUAUUAUAUUUAACUAUGAGAUUACCUUUAUAUUGACGCUCUGAUAUAAAUAAUUCUCUAUAGUUGGUAGAUCCAUCUACAAAGUUUCUCAAAUUCUGUAUUCUGGUGGAAUGCUUUUAUCAUUUACGAAAGCUUAACUUAGUUAUGUUGCCUUUUAUCAUUUACGAAAGCUUAACUUAGUUAUGUUGCCUUACUUUGCCCUGCAGAGGAAUGAUCUGGUUUAUACCCCAUAUUUCAUUUUUGUUCUUUUUGUUAGUUUUUGCUUCACUUUUUUUUUAUUCUGAAGUGAUUGUUAAUUUUGCAGGUUUCAAGAGUGUACCAUACCGGAGCGAUUAAGAAAUGUUUGUUGCUUCAAUGGAUCAAUUUUUCUGUUUUAAAAGUUCCAUGAGUCAUAAAACCUAGUAUUUUUUGUAUGAUUAUUAUUCCUAUGUCAUGUAGGGAAUCGCGCCCUAUUUCUUGGAGACAAAACUGCACUAGGUAAUCCUGCCCUUUUUAUGGGAGACAAACUGAACCAGGUAAUGCUGAUGAACUGAAGACAAUGGUAUCAUGUCUGACCAAUUCAAGCAUGUGGAUAAGGAAGUAUAAUGUGGAAUCAUAUGGGGUUGAGCUACCAGACUUAAAAGCCAAUAUUGUUAAUGACAUUUGAGGCAUUUAGGUUGGACUGGUACAGUUGCAGUGGAGAGUUUGCCAACCCAAAGACAUGCCACAUUCAUUGUAUAUGACAAUUUUUAGGAGGGCAUGUCCAAGGUCUUAUAGCUAUGCUUUCGAUGAUUUGACGAGCACUUUUACAUGCUAGGCUAAUGAUCAUGCCAUUAUUUUCUUUUCUAGUGUUGACGGUACAAUUUCUAACCUUAUACUUACAAACUCACCCGCUUGAAAUGAUUUCAUGUACUGCCACUCCCACCAUAGAACUUGAAAUUCCAGAAUAAUUCGUGAUGCAGGAUGAAAAAACUGUAGGAUGCACUUGUAGCUCCAAUUCAAGAGUAGAGCGGUGGGGAUGUUGUGGGGAUGUUUUCUUCGUAAAUCAUCCUCCUCCCCCUUCCAAUGCCCAUUUUUACACUCAUAUUGAAGUUGCUUUUGUGAA